AUGAGUCACCAAGGAAAACUUGACACGUGGGAUGGAAUUAAGAAGCGAGUACCGAUUAAUAUGAUGUUGGUGCAGGCUCAAGCCAUGGUCAUCUCCUUUUUUGCCACCGCGCUUACUUUGGCCCUCUCUGCUAUUCAGAAUGCAGUCGGCGUUGCUGGAGCACCUUCUAUGGAUUCCAUCGGCGUGCACAUCCCGCUAAUGAUCGCCACCGGCCUAAUGACAAUCUGCACGUCUUGCGGCGUGAUGGACACCGUCAUGGCCACCAUGGUUAUUGUUUCCAGACGCAAAAACGUGAACCCCGACAACAUCACCGCCCCCAUUGCCGCGUCGAUGGGCGAUCUGGCGUGCAUGUGCUUGCUGGUAGCCUACGGCUCGUUACUCUUCAUCCCGUACAGCAAUGAUUCCUCUUGGCGCAUGAUCCCGUCGAUCGUGCUCGCCAUCGUGAUCAUGUGCACGUGGCCGUACUGGAUGUACAAAUGCUUGCAAGACGAGAAGUGCAGAACCAUGCUGAAGACGUCGUGGUUCUCCUUGAUUGGAUCUGCCAUGUUCUCGGCAUGCGGUGGCUUCAUCCUCCAAAUCUGCGUCAACUCGUUCCCGGAAAUGUCCCUCUACCAACCGCUUAUGGCCGGAAUCGCCGGAAACCGCGUGGCCGUCCAAUCAUCCCGAAUCGCCUCGCUGCUAUAUCGGGAUCACAAGCCGGGUGAGCUUCCGGAAGGCCGCUCCCUGUGGCACUACCUCUCCCCGUGGAGAUGCUAUCUGUCGAAAGAUACCGAUGCAGGCGCUGCUCGAUUGUUGCUUGCUACGGCUGUGCCAUUCCAGGCAAUCUUCGUCUCCCUGACGUACCUCGUCUCGUACAUCCUCCACAAAUCCGGCGUCAUCGACCCGUUGCCGAUGAUCAAUUGGCAAUUUACGCUGGGAUAUCUUAUCGCUGCGUUUGUCCAGAUCCUGAUCCUGCUCUGGUGUUGUCAGCUGAUCGUGUUCGCGAUGUGGAGAUUCAAGAUGGACCCCGACUUGCACGCUAUUCCGAUUUUGACGGGAAUGGGCGACUUGUUCGGCACGACCUGGGCCGCUGUCACCUACGUCAUCCUCUACCAACUUACCCCAAGCUCGAUUCGGACUACUUUUGACCCGAACGGUUUGUCGCCUCCUUGGAGCCCUGAACCAUCUCCUGAACCGGAGGCCGAGAUCGACAAUGUCGAAAAUGAAGAAAUCUUCGAGGGCCCGGGACAGCACCUCACCUGUGCUGAAAGUACGGAAACGAUCAUUUGCGAAAAUGAAGAAAUCAUCGUCGCCGGAAGUGAGCAAGUCACGGAUGCGGGAAAUGAAGAGAAUAUUCAAGCUAAUGAAGCGAGCGUCAAUGCAGAAAAUCAAGAAAUCGUCGAGGCAGAGGGAAAGCACCUCACCUGUGCGGAAAGUGAAGGAACGAUCAGUUACGACAGGGAGCAAGAGGUUAAUGCACAAAAUGAGCAAGACCAUAAUGCCGAAAAAAAGAAAUUGGCACUGCUGAAAGUCAGCCGUCGCCGCGGAUUUCGGAAGGAUGUGGUUUUAGUUGCGACAUGCUCCGGUUUUGUGCCCCAAGGCCUUUGGAACAAUAGACGAGCCAGCCGGAAGCUGGAAGAAAGGAUGGAAAUCUAUACGAUGGAAAGACUUCUGCGCGACAUUGAAAAGGAUGAAGACGAUGAUGCCGAAAACGAUCCCACUGGAUCCGACGACGAUGACGUGAUACCUUGGAGAACUCCGGGCGACGAAGCCGCCAAUGAACGCUUGUUCGAUCAACUUAAGAUUGGGCCAAUUGAGGCGGAGGGUCAAGCAGAGGUGGAGAGGUUGCCUGACGGAAUACUUCGCGUCUUCACUCGGAAGGACGACAACAAAUUGGCAACGGAAGACAAUCUUCACCGAUUGCUAGAGGAAUGUGUCUACAAGGAUUUAUCGGAUCCUCAGAAGGCAGCCACCGUGAACUGCAUCCGAGGCGGAGGCCGAUUUUUGCUGUUUGACGAGGGCGGGCUCGGAAAAUCGAUGGUGGCGCUGGCGACAAUGAGCUUCUUCGAUGACUACCCGUUAUUGAUUGUCACCACACCCCAGUCCCGGGAGAAAUGGGCGACUUUGGUCAAAAACUACCUACCCUUGGCGGAGUGCGUGACGGUUCGGAAGAAAGACGAAAGGCUCCCAGGAAGCCGCCAUGACUUGGUUCUAAUUUGCACCUACAACAUCCUAAACGCCCGGAUCGGCGAAUUCCUGCGCUUCGACCCCCAAGCCAUCAUUUUCGAUGAAAGCCAGCAUGUGAAGAAUUGGAAGAGCGGUCGUACCAAAAAUUCCCGAAAUCUAGUGGCUAAUGCCGAACGGGUAAUCUGCAUCUCUUCCUUCCCUCUGCAACGUUCUCCAAAUGACCUGAUCAGCCAGGUUCACAUGAUUCUGCGUGGGCUUCGAAUCGAGUACGAGGUGGAUUUUUACGGAAGAAGAUGGAUGUGCCCAUGGCAAACGAAGCGGAUUCUCGACGCGAUCAGCUCUAGGCAAACAAAGGAAUUGUGGCUACCAAGACUUCCCCCAAAACACCGCACCCUCCACCACAUCAACAUCCCGAAAAGCGAGCAGCUUCUCGAGGCAGCUUCAGAAGCCGAAUCCAGCCGUCAGGCCUACUUGCAAAGCGACGAUGACCCGGCGAUGCUCACCGAAUCCACGAAGGCUUUUGGCAAGUAUUACCGCCUGUGCGUGAAGGCCAAGGCGCAGUACGUGGCGCCCUACGUUCAGAAACUCUUCUUUUCACCCCGCCAGAAUCAGCCAAAGACACUGAUCUUUGGCUUUCAUAAAACGGUCCGAAAGGCUAUCAAGGAUCAGUUGGAUGACGAGAAAAUUCCAUUUGUGGAGCUCGAUAUUCCAGCAGGUACUACACGCUUCGAAGACCGCCUCCAGCAAUUCAAAACGAAUCCAAAGAUGAACGUGGCGGUCCUCUCCCUCCGUGCUUCGAGCCUCGGUCUAGAUUUGCCGGAAGCGAAGCGCAUCAUCUUCCCCGAGCUCUACUACACCGUCGCACUCCACCUCCAGGCCGAAGACCGUGCCCAUCGCUUUGGCCAAAAAGCCCACGUCAAGAUUCACUACCUUGCCGACACAACCAUGAUCGAUGAAAUGAUUUUGAUGAUUUGGGAGGGUCGGGUGAGACGCAUGGAAGAGCGUGAACUGACGGGUAUAAUGAAGCGGUUCGACGCGGAAGUGUAUGAACUAGAUUUACACUCGAUUCCUGACGGCUACGACGAUGACGGUGACUCGGAUCCUGAUGCUAGCGAGGGUGAGGAGGAUGAGGAUGAAGAAGAUGAUGAUGACGAUGAUGAUUUGGCUUCUGAAGAGUCGUCAGCGGCGGAAAGUGAACAGUCUGAAUCAGAUGAAGACGAAACGACGGACGACGAUGAGUCAGACCCGGAUGACGAAUCACCUGCGCGCGAUCAGUAUUUGGGAUCAGAUGACACCGACGACGACGAAGAACGGGAAGCCAAUAACCGCUACAAAGAGACGACCGCUGAUGGCCAGUACCAGUAUGAGGACCCGGAUUAUGUCCAGCCUGCUACUGACAGGGACGAGGAAGUAGUACCACGCAAAGAGAGGCCCCCAAGAAGGAGCGCACGCCUCCAGAAAAGCUUAAAGAAAGCUAGCCGAAAGGCUAAAUUCGACGACGAUUCCGAGGAUGAUAGCGAAAACCAAGACCCGGCUAUGCAACAGAAAGACAGUGAGAUUGAAAGCGAGGACGACUCAAAUCAACCCUCGACCAGUCGCAAGCACCGCAGGGUGGUUCACUCAUCGGAUGAAUCUGAA